AUGUCGCCGGGCAGCAGAGGAGACGUGAUGGGUUUCUGUCGGAAACAGGUGAAGGCGGACUGUGAGGAGCUGCUGAGCCGCUUCCAGAAAACCGAGUCCGUCCGAUUCGAGAUUUUCUCCAAAAUUUGGAGGGAAAUGAAGUUUUCUGAGAUUUUUUACGGCACUGUGAAGCACGAGAAGCGAGCGUUCAGUCGCCUGAUUCUGGACGCCGCCUGCACCUUCUUCCUGCCUCCGUUCAGCUUCCAGAUCAGAGUGGGAGGACUUUACCUGCUGUACAGCCUGUAUCAGUGUCAGACCGCCUCGCCCUCAGAGCAGAUUCGGGUGGCGCUGAAGGACUGGGAGGACAUGAAGAAGUUUGAGAGGGACGCUGUGGACGCUCAGCACCUGGACGUCGUUUACAUCCUGCGACAGCUCAUGUUCCUCAAAGCUUUUAACUUCACCGCCAUGCCCACUCCGCUCGUCUUCAGGAAGAAAAGGAAGCUGGAGAAGUCGGCGCUGUGUGAGGAGUUUAUUGAGCGAGCGUGUCGUCCACAGGAGCUGAUCAACAUCGAGCUGCUGGAGGAAUUGUCCAACAUUCAUGAGCUCUACGGGAAGCUGAAGACGUCUGUCGGUGUGACGUCAGAGCAGACGGAUUCGUCCGUCAACCUGAUCCGUAAAGACCUCGUCCCGCAGCUGCGCAGCACUGUGGUGGACUUUUACAAGUGGCAGCAAAAGAGGGGCGGUCCAGGUGAGGAUGAAGACAGCGGUGAGGGAACGUCCUCUCAGCAGGAGUGCUCCAAACGAGCCGAGCUCCUCGCCUCCAUCAAGUCGAAGGCGUACGGAGAGGCAGCAGAGGUCUCCAAGUCACGGCGCCAUCGUCAGGUGGAGGUGGAUUUAACCAGUAACGAGGCUGGAUCCUCCAACUCGUCAGGCGCCAUCAGAACAAGUAAACCGUCGCUCAAAGCCAGAACCAACGAGAACGUACAAAUCUCAGGUGAGCUGCUGAAAGAAGCCACAACGACAACUCACAUCAACCGUCUCACCUCUGUGGACUUCGGUCCUGAAGAAAAACCAAAAAUAUACAAAAAAUUUAAGUGGUGAUGAAGAUUAAAGGUCAGCCUGCAUCCUGGCUGGAGCUGCUGUUCAGUACAUUUAAAGGAUUGUUUUAAUAUUAUUUUGUGUUUUGUAAUGAUGUUUUCUAUCAUAGUUCAUGGAUUGUUUUAGAGAAAAUAUGAAGGUUUUUUUGUUAUUUACAUUUUACAAUAUUUUAAAUUAUGUUUUAAUGAGUAGAGUCUCAUUAUGGCUGAAAUUGAAGUACGAACUUGUCUGUUAAAAGACAAAAUGUGUUCUUAAAUGUGAUUUAUAAAAUGUGCAUACGUUGACAAACUUAUCAAAGCUGAAGAAAUCUUCUUUUUGCAGUUUUACAACCUUCACUUGUUGGAAAUUGACCGAGUACCACCUGUUUGUCAUCUGAGAACUUUGACAGAAAAAGCAGCGUAAGUUGUGUGCAAAGUUGAGAUAAAUGACACUUUGGUCAUAAAGUUCGUCUCUGUGCAGCUUCUUCUGUGCAGAAGUUAAAACUGGAUUUCUGCUGCUUUUCUCUCUGGUGUGUGAAUGUUUUAUAAAAUCUAUUUUUAUAGAGA